GGCGGGUGGGUUGUUGCUGUUGCUGCCGACGCUUUCACUGGAAAGGCAACGUCGUAUUCCCGGAGUAAGCCAGCCAGGUAGAGUUCGCCCUCUCUUCCUGCUCUUCCUUUCAAUCGCCAUGAGGGCUGGCAGUGUGGACGGCAGGACCGCGCCUUGCUUCUGUCUUGGAUUGUUGUUUGCGCUGCUCGGCGGAGCUGGGACGCUGCGAGGAACGGACACCAGUGAAACCCUCCCAGAAUCUGUCCCAUCUGCUCCAGGGACACUACCCCAUUUCAUGCAAGAACCUGAUGAUGCAUAUAUAAUUAAAAGUAACCCAAUUGUGCUGCGCUGCAGAGCCAUGCCAGCAAUGCAAAUCUUCUUUAAAUGCAAUGGGGAGUGGGUUCAUCAAAAUGAGCAUGUCUCAGAGGAGAGCAUGGACAAAAUCACAGGCUUGAUGAUUCGGGAAGCAUAUAUCAAUGUGACAAGGCAGCAAGUGGAGGAUUUUCAUGGACCAGAAGAUUAUUGGUGCCAGUGUGUGGCCUGGAGCCUCUUAGGAACUUCCAAAAGCCGGAAGGCUUCAGUCCGCAUUGCCUAUUUACGCAAAAACUUUGAACAAGACCCCCAGGGCAAGGAAGUCCCAAUUGAAGGAAUGAUAGUGCUGCAUUGUCGGCCACCAGAGGGAGUUCCUUCAGCAGAGGUGGAAUGGCUUAAGAAUGAAGAACCAGUCAAUGCUGAACAGGAUGAAAAUAUUGAUACCCGAGCAGAUCAUAAUCUAAUUAUCCGUCAAGCCCGGCUGUCUGAUUCAGGGAACUACACUUGCAUGGCAUCCAACAUUGUUGCCAAAAGAAGAAGCCUCUCAGCCACAGUCGUGGUGUAUGUGGACGGUGCCUGGGAGGUAUGGAGUGAAUGGUCGGUCUGCAGUCCUGAGUGUGAGCACUUGAGGAUCCGGGAAUGCACUUCUCCCCCUCCACGGAAUGGUGGGAAAUUCUGUGAAGGUCCAAACCAAGAAUCAGAGAAUUGUACGGAAGGCCUUUGCAUCCAAGACAUUGAGAACACAACAGAUAUCGCCUUGUACUCAGGCCUUGGGGCUGCCGUCAUCACCGUUGCCAUCAUUGUUAUUGGGGUGACUCUCUACAGGAGGAGCCAGAGUGAAUAUGGUGUGGAUGUGAUUGACUCCUCAGCUCUGACAGGAGGCUUCCAGACAUUUAAUUUUAAAACUGUCCGGCAAGGUAACUCCUUGCUUUUGAACUCAUCCAUGCAGCCUGACCUGACUGUCAGUAGAACCUACAGUGGACCCAUAUGCCUUCAAGAUCCCAUUGACAAGGAGCUGAUGACAGAAUCCUCCCUCUUCAACCCUUUGUCUGAUAUCAAAGUCAAAGUUCAGAGUUCAUUUAUGGUGUCAUUGGGUGUGACAGAACAUUCGGAGUAUCACAGGAAAACUCAUUCUGGGACAUUUCCACAUGACAACAACAAAACCUUCAAUCCUGUGCAUGCGAAGAACAAAACGGCCUAUAUCCAGAAUCUCUCAUCACUUUCAAAGCAAAAUGAGAUGAGAGCUACCAGUGUAUUUGGUCAUCUGGGAGGGCGUUUAGGAAUUCCCAACACAGGAGUUAGCCUACUAAUUCCCCAUGGGGCUAUCCCUGAAGAAACAUCUUGGGAGAUCUACCUUGCAAUCAACCAUGAUGAAUCCAGCCUUCAGCUGGAAGGCAGUGAAAUCCUCCUAGGUCCAGAAGUGACUUGUGGUCCUAUAGAAGUGAUGGUCUCCACUCCAUUUGCUUUGACAAUCCCGCAUUGUGCAGAUGUGAACUCUGAGCAUUGGAAUAUUCAUUUGAAAAAAAGAAAUCAUCCAGGCAAAUGGGAGGAAGUGAUGUCUGUAGAGGAAGAAACCACUUCUUGUUACUGCCUCUUGGACCCAUAUGCUUGUCAUAUUCUUUUGGACUCCUUUGGAACUUAUGCUCUCAUUGGGGAGCCAUUGUCUGAUUGUUCUGUUAAAGAACUGAAAGUAGCUGUCUUUGGCUGUAUGUCCUGCAACUCUUUGGAUUACAGUCUAAGAGUGUAUUGUGUUGACAACACUCCCUGUGCAUUUCAGGAUGUGAUUUCAGGUGAAAGACACCAGGGAGGACAAUUGUUGGAAGAACCAAAAUUGCUGCAUUUCAAAGGGAAUACCUUCAGCCUUCAGAUCUCUGUUCUUGAUAUUCCUCCUUUUCUCUGGAGAAUUAAACCAUUCACAGCAUGUCAGGAAGUUCCUUUUUCUCGUGUAUGGUGCAACAACAAGCAACCACUUCACUGUGCCUUUUCCCUGGAGCGCUACACUCCUGCCACCACACAACUCUCAUGCAAAAUCUGUGUCAGACAAGUCAAAGGCCAUGAACAGAUCCUACAGAUCCAGACAUCAGUUCUAGAGAAUGAAAGAGAAACUAUUACUUUUUUUGCGCAUGAUGACAACAACUUUCCUGUUCAGAUGGGCCCACAAGCCUUUAAGAUACCUUACUCUAUCAGGCAAAGAAUAUGUGCAACUUUUGACACUCCCAGUGCCAAAGGCAAAGACUGGCAGAUGUUAGCACAAAAAAAUAGUAUCAACAGGAAUUUGUCUUAUUUUGCUACACACCACAGCCCCUCUGCGGUCAUUUUGGACUUAUGGGAAGCCAGACACCAGCACGAUGGUGACUUAGACUCUCUUGCCUGUGCUCUGGAAGAAAUAGGAAGGACACAAUCCCAUAUUUCUAACCUUACAGAAACUCAGAUGGAGGAAUCCAACUUCAGCUACAGCAGACAAAAUGGACUUUAG